GGAUUUUUAAGCACCGGUGACCAGGCAGCCAAGGGCAACUAUGGUCUGCUGGAUCAGAUCCAAGCUUUACGGUGGAUCGAGGAGAAUGUUGGAGCCUUUGGUGGAGAUCCCAAGCGAGUGACCAUCUUUGGCUCGGGGGCCGGAGCCUCCUGUGUCAGUCUGUUGACUUUAUCACACUAUUCAGAAGGCUUGUUCCAGAAAGCCAUCAUCCAGAGUGGGACCGCCCUGUCCAGCUGGGCCGUGAACUACCAGCCUGCCAAGUACACUCGGAUAUUGGCAGAUAAAGUCGGCUGCAACAUGCUGGAUACCACCGACAUGGUUGAAUGCCUUCGAAAUAAGAACCACAAAGAGCUCAUUCAGCAGACCAUCACCCCGGCCACCUACCACAUUGCUUUCGGCCCUGUGAUUGAUGGUGACGUCAUUCCAGAUGACCCCCAGAUCCUCAUGGAGCAGGGCGAGUUCCUGAAUUAUGACAUCAUGCUGGGUGUCAACCAGGGGGAAGGCUUAAAGUUUGUGGAUGGCAUUGUGGACAACGAAGAUGGUGUGACACCCAAUGACUUCGACUUCUCCGUGUCCAACUUUGUGGACAACCUUUACGGCUAUCCAGAAGGGAAAGACACCUUGAGGGAGACCAUCAAGUUCAUGUACACAGACUGGGCAGACAAGGAGAACCCAGAAACACGACGGAAGACCCUGGUGGCACUGUUCACUGACCACCAGUGGGUGGCCCCCGCGGUGGCCACAGCAGACCUGCAUGCCCAGUAUGGCUCGCCCACCUAUUUCUAUGCAUUCUACCACCACUGCCAGAGUGAGAUGAAGCCCAGCUGGGCAGACUCAGCCCAUGGUGAUGAAGUCCCCUACGUCUUUGGCAUACCCAUGAUUGGCCCUACUGAGCUAUUCAGCUGCAACUUCUCCAAGAAUGACGUGAUGCUCAGCGCUGUGGUCAUGACCUACUGGACCAAUUUUGCCAAAACUGGUGAUCCUAAUCAGCCAGUUCCUCAGGACACCAAGUUCAUUCACACAAAACCCAACCGCUUUGAGGAAGUGGCCUGGUCCAAGUAUAAUCCCAAAGACCAGCUGUAUCUGCAUAUUGGCCUGAAGCCCAGAGUGAGGGAUCACUACCGAGCAACAAAAGUUGCAUUCUGGUUGGAACUUGUCCCCCAUUUACACAACUUGAAUGAGAUAUUCCAGUAUGUCUCAACAACCACAAAAGUCCCUCCUCCAGACAUGACAUCCUUUCCAUAUGGUACCCGGCGAUCGCCUGCUAAGAUAUGGCCAACAACCAAACGUCCAGCUAUCACUCCUGCCAACAACCCCAAACACUCCAAGGACCCUCACAAAACAGGGCCCGAAGACACCACUGUCCUCAUUGAAACCAAACGGGAUUAUUCCACCGAAUUAAGCGUCACUAUUGCUGUAGGGGCAUCCCUACUCUUCCUCAACAUCUUGGCGUUUGCAGCGCUCUACUACAAAAAGGACAAGAGACGCCAUGAGACGCACAGGCGCCCGAGUCCCCAGAGAAAUACCACCAAUGACAUCGCACACAUCCAGAAUGAAGAAAUCAUGUCUCUGCAGAUGAAGCAGCUGGAACACGAUCAUGAGUGUGAAUCUUUGCAGGCUCACGACACGCUGCGACUCACCUGCCCGCCGGACUACACCCUCACGCUACGCCGUUCCCCGGAUGACAUCCCACUUAUGACACCCAACACCAUCACCAUGAUUCCAAACACAUUGACGGGCAUGCAGCCUCUGCAUACGUUCAACACCUUCAGUGGGGGACAGAACAGUACAAAUUUACCCCACGGACAUUCGACCACCAGAGUAUAGCUUUUCGGUUCCCCUCCCCUCCCUCUGCCCCUCCCCCCAACAACAUAAAAGAGAUCAAGAGAGAAGGCAAAUCUCCAAACCAAGAAUGUUUUUCAUCCCACUGACUUGGGACAAAAAUACAGAAGAGCAAUCACAAUGUCCCUCUGAACUCCUCCCCUUGGCAUUUCCCAGUAUUACAAGAUC